AGUUUUUCGUAUCAGAGAAGUAUGUAAUAAUGUCUUUCCUGUAAAAUUUAUGGCGUUUCUCUAAAGCAGCUUGGAAAAUAGUUGGUGCAAAGAAGAAAUGGAGGAUCCAGAUUAUGAGUCUGCAAGCAGUAAUCAACGGGAACGAGAGCGAAGAAUCCUUACCUCAAGACAGCGAGAUGCAAAGGAACAAACUAUUCAGAAGAUCGAUGAAAUAAUUCGACAGCAGUUCGCUCUAGAAAUACAUCUCAAGGAAAGAGAGAUUGUUGUGAUUGACGAUAGAAUCGGUCAUGCUAAAGCAAUGCUAGAUAGGCUGAGAGCGUGUGUGCUAGCAAGGUAUUACGGCUCGUCCGAAAACAGAGGAAACCAAUCUAGUAAUCGGUCAUAUUUCAAGAAUGAGGGACAUGAUCGGAGAAAGUCAGGUCGGAAUCUCGCAAAACGAGUCGACUUUCAAAUGAAUCCACUCAACAAAAAUCCCACUAAAGAAACGAUCACUUCAACAAGCAAUUUUAAAUCAGAAGCAACCGAGCCUUUGGAAGUUAAGAAAUCAACGGCCUCUGAGACAACAAUAAGUGCUAAUGAUCAACUUAUUGGCAGUAAGAAUCACCUUAUCGACGCUGUGCUUCAUACGAGACAAGAGAAUUGUAGUAGCACUCCAAAUGGAACAACUGCGUGUGGAGAACCCGUUCUCUGGGGUCAUAUCAUAAAGGAAGAUCAUUCUAAGAAAUCAAACCCUGAAACAGGGAAUGGAAUCACUCAAAACUGUUUGGAGCCUAGUUCAAGUCAAGAAAACUCACCAAUUGCAACAGCAAGCGUUUCAAAUGCAACGCCCAUGGUUGUUGCUAGCGCUGGAUCGCGGUUCUAUAUCAAAAAGCGAAUCAUUGUUGGGAACACAUCAAAAUACAUAUCGAUAGACAGGCGGGAGGAUUACGACAAAUCGACCCACAAGUGGAUGGUGUAUGUUCGUGGUCCUCCCGAAGAUCCGAACAUUGAUCGAUUUAUAAAGAAGGUGUGGUUCUUUCUUCACCCGAGUUAUCGUCCGAACGACAUAGUAGAGGUCAACAAGCCUCCUUUUCAUUUGACCAGGAGAGGUUGGGGAGAAUUUACAGUCCGCGUUCAGUUACAUUUUGUUGACCCAAGGAACAAGAGGGCUGACAUCUUUCACGAACUAAAAUUGGAUCGAACGUACACAGGGCUUCAGACGUUAGGCUCCGAAACUGUUGUAGACUUGGAGCUGGAUCGUAGGACAAUCGAUGAUAACUAUAUUUCAGCUGCUGUAGAAAGCUUUUCUCCCCAUGCACACCACGAGCAUGAUAAUAAUGUAGUAAGAAACACCGCGAGAAAUCUUCAGAACAACAGAAAUCAGCUUCAACAUGAAACGCUUCCAACAGUUAGAAAAUGUUCGAACGCACCAGAAAUGUCAUCACAGUAUCCUCCACUGAAAAAAGUAAAAUUAGAAUCAGUCUCUGCGAGUUCAUCAGUGAUUUCCUCCGCAGUGUCAUCACCUGUAAACAGUCAGCCAUCGUCAAGGUGUGGCAGCCCUGAGCUAAUUUCCGGACAGAACCAGUUCACGGAGGAACUUAAAGAACAGCUCAGGCAACGUGUGAAAGAGCACCCCUUGAUUGAUCCUGCAAGAAACCUCGUUAAGCACCAUUAUAGUGCUGCCUCUUCAGAACAGUUUCUUAGCUGGAAUAUAGGCAAGAAAAGAGCCUGCGAGUGGCAAAGGGCAGCGGCUGUUAAGCGAAGUAUAUUAACCUCGAUGCCUUCUUGUAAGCUCAGUGUUAAGGAUAUCUUACUAUGGUGCCGUCGUUUUGGUUACACACCAAGUGACAAAGUCUUAGUGGAAGACGUUUCUUUCUGUAAGCUGUGCGGAGGCUGCCUUGGUGUCCAAUCUGAGGUGCCUUCUGAAGUAAGUGAAGGUCAUAGAUGCGAUAAAGCAAGUUACAAUUGCCUUACGCUAUCAGCUACCUUGUUCUCUGAAGUGGGACUGAAAGAAAGAUGUCUUCCUGACAUACCACGACCAGACAACGACUCAGAAGACCUGGAAAUCGAUGUGGUUGGUGACAUACCAAGAGAAAAAGCAACAAAGCCACAGGAUGGGAAACCAGUGAUGUAUACGAUUCCGUCAACUUCGGAACAGAAUUGGAUCCGUGAAAUGUGCAGCGACAUCGGUGUUAAGCUAAAGACUGUCCAUACUGAUGGGGUAAAUGUGCACGUGAUUGAGAGUCUUCUUCUAACAGCCUGCAAAAGAUUUGCUGAAGAUCUGUUGCGUCAGUCAUGGGCUUACGCCGCUGACCAGACUACGUCUUAUGGUCCUAGGCUUGUGACACCAAGUCACGUGCACCGAGCCAUCUGCUCCCUUCCUCAGUGUGAUUUUCUUACUAGUGUGUUUCUCGGUGAGAUUUUACUGAAGGAGGAAAGAUAAUUUUUUGUUUUGGAACUGACACGUGUUGUUUUGUAAAAUGACCGGAAAAGUACUUUUUUUCCAACGCAUUUCACCUGUGAAAUUUUCAAGUGCCUUUUCUUUGAAAUAGAGUCACUAACUUUCAUUGCCAGUUUUUUUGUUCUCAGCCGUCCUCAUAAAAUUAUGUACUUAGUACAGAAAUUCUCUUGAGUGCCGAAAGUAAUCCGGAUUGCUUUGGUUUGCUUCACUUCGCUCUGUGAUUGGUCGGUCCAGAAAACUGGCGCCACUCUCUCAACCAAUCAAUUUCAAAACUAGACCCAACCGCGGCUUGGUCACGUACAUUUUCCCGCGCUUUGGGCAGUUGUUUCUUUUUUACGUUGAGUCCUCUUCUACCCCUUGUGGUACUCUCUUUUUCUCCUGAUUGGUUCAUGUGAUUUUCAUGGUUUUGCGUUUUACGGCACUCAAUUAAAAUCCGGUCAAGUGGUGGAUUUCACAGUUUAGAUCAGUUCUUCUUUCUUUUUUUU